UAUUGAGCAUCCAUGCCGAUGUCAUCGGAGGAGAACAUGCAAACUUUUCCAAGUGGUACUUUGCCUCUCACUUUAAUGAUGGUCAUACCGUCGGUUUUCAUGAUCUCUCUUCCCCCCUCGUUGAAAACAUGACCUUAAAAGACGCAGAGUUUGCUUGGCGAGAGCAAAUGAGCAAACUCUCUCCCCGACUUAUGAUCACUCAAAUUUGUCUUUACUUCCUUUGCUGGGGUGAAGCAAAUAAUGUGCGUUUCACGCCCGAGUGUCUCUGUUUCCUUUUCAAAUGUGCCUACGAUUACUACAACUCCUCUGAGUCUAAGGAUACCGACUCACCUUUGCCGCAUGAGUACUUUCUCCAAUCCGUCAUUAAUCCGGUCUAUAACUUUAUCCAUGCACAACUUUUUGAAAUUUUGGAUGGCAAGUAUGUUCGUCGCGAGCGCGACCAUGCAAGAAUUGUUGGCUAUGAUGACAUUAAUCAGCUUUUCUGGUCGCACCAAGGCCUUAAGUCCAUUAAGCUCACCGACGGUACUGCACUUCUCGAUCUCCCUCCAUUCAUGCGCUAUCGUCAUCUAGGCAGCGUUGAAUGGAAAUCCUGUUUUUACAAAUCGUAUUACGAGUAUCGUUCAUGGUUUCAUAACCUCACAAACUUUUCUCGAAUUUGGGUUAUGCAUAUCUCUGUCUACUGGUACUAUUCCGCUUACAACUCACCAAGUCUGUAUACUCGCAAGUACCAUCUCCGGCUAGACAACAAGCCACCAGCGGCGUGCCGCUGGACAGCUGUCGGUUUGGGUGGUGCAAUUGCUUCGUGUAUCACUCUCGCCGCCGUCUGUUUUGAGUAUAUCCAUGUUCCCCGUCGUUAUCCUGGCGCUCGUCCUGUUUGGGGACGUGCAUUGUUCCUGCUCACCAUUAUGUUACUCAAUAUUGCACCUACUGCCUUCAUUUUUGCUUCUUCGGAGACACAGCAGAAGGAAACUUCCAGGAAGGUUGUCGGUAUUGUUCACUUCAUUUUCUCUCUCUGCUGUACAAUUUACUUGUCUAUGACUCCGUUGCAGCAUGUGCUUGGAUUCAAGCCACGCAAAGCGGGUGAGAGUCUUGCAGCAAAGUAUUUUACAGCGAACUUUACUUCGACAUCAAAAAAUGGUGCAAUUGUUUCAUGGUGUCUUUGGUUUACUGUAUUGGUUGCCAAGUAUUUAGAGUCUUACUUUUUCCUCACACUGAACCUGUCAGAUUCCAUUCGUUAUCUCGGUGCUAUGCGUCCAUAUGACUGUCGCGAUUACAUUCUAGGUUCUGCUUUAUGUAAGGCUCAACCAAAAAUCCUUCUCGGUUUGUUGUACCUGACAGAUCUCUCAUUGUUCUUUCUGGAUACUUACUUGUGGUACAUCCUUAUUGGUACCAUCUACUCCUUGGGCUACGCUUUCUACCUAGGUAUUAGUGUUUGGACUCCUUGGAGAGAGCUGUUUUACCGUAUCCCCAGACGUAUAUAUACAAAGGUCCUCUGCGCUGGUGAUUUGGAACAACGACUGAAGCCAAAGGUGCUGAUUUCCCAGAUUUGGAAUGCUAUUGUUAUCUCCAUGUAUCGGGAACAUCUUGUGUCUCGGGAGCAAAUUCAAGAACUCUUAUAUCAUCAGGUCCCUUCCGAAAAAGCUGGUUAUCACACUCUUCGUCCACCGAACUUUUUCUUUUCGCAGCAAUUUAAGCAUUAUAAGCAGGAUCUGUUUCCCCCUAAUUCCGAAGCUGCGCGUCGUAUUUCUUUCUUUGCUCAGUCACUUGCGCAGGUCGUACCGAAGCCAUGUACUGUGGAUGCAAUGCCUACAUUCACUGUGCUUGUUCCUCAUUACGGUGAAAAAGUCUUGCUUUCACUUCGUGAAAUUAUCCGCGAGGAGGACCAGUUGUCUCGUGUCACUCUGUUGGAGUAUUUGAAGCAGUUGUAUCCUGUUGAAUGGAAGAACUUUGUUGCAGAUACCAAGAUGUUGGCUGAAGAAAGCAAGGGAAGUCCUAUGGAUCCUAAAUCACCUGCGGAUGAAAAAGAUUUGUUGAAGAGUAAGGUCGACGACCUUCCCUUUUAUUGCAUUGGUUUUAAGUCGGCUACUCCGGAAUAUACGCUUCGUACACGUAUCUGGGCAUCUCUGCACACACAGACGUUGUAUCGUACCAUUAAUGGUUUCAGCAACUAUUCCCGUGCCAUCAAGUUACUGUACCGUGUUGAGACACCAGAAUUGAUAGAAUGGACUAAUGGUGAUCCUGUCCGUUUGGAUGAGGAGCUUGACUUAAUGGCUAAUCGAAAAUUCCGUUUUUGUGUUUCCAUGCAGCGAUAUGCAAAGUUCAACAAGGAAGAGGCCGAGAAUGCCGAGUUCCUUCUUCGCGCGUUCCCUGACCUUCAAAUCGCUUAUCUGGAUGAGGAACCUCCGUUGCAUCCUAACGAAGAUCCUCGUCUUUACUCUGUCUUGAUUGAUGGUCAUUGCCCAAUCUUGGAAAACGGUAAAAGACGUCCAAAGUAUCGUGUUCGUUUGUCCGGUAACCCUAUUCUCGGUGAUGGUAAGUCUGAUAACCAGAAUAUGUCUAUUCCCUACAUUCGUGGUGAAUAUGUUCAAAUGGUUGAUGCAAACCAAGACAAUUAUCUUGAAGAGUGUUUGAAGAUUCGUAGUAUCUUGGCCGAAUUUGAGCAAUUCAAUGCUCCUCUUGAAGACCCUUACUCUCUGAACGCAAAGGCAAACUCUAGAAAUCCAGUUGCCAUUUUGGGUGCUCGUGAGUAUAUUUUCUCUGAAAAUACUGGUAUGCUUGGUGACGUUGCUGCUGGUAAAGAACAAACAUUCGGUACAUUGUUUCAUCGUAUUCUUUCUUUAAUUGGUGGUAAACUUCAUUAUGGUCAUCCAGAUUUCAUUAAUGUGAUUUUCAUGACUACUAGAGGUGGUGUUUCAAAGGCUCAAAAAGGUCUUCAUGUUAACGAAGAUAUUUACGCUGGUAUGACGGCUCUUCAACGCGGUGGACGUAUUAAACAUUGUGAUUACUAUCAAUGUGGUAAAGGUCGUGAUUUGGGUUUCGGCUCAAUUCUGAAUUUCACCACGAAGAUUGGUACCGGUAUGGCUGAACAGAUGCUUUCUCGUGAAUACUUUAAUUUGGGUACUCAAUUGCCUUUCGAUCGUUUUCUUUCAUUCUUUUAUGCUCACGCCGGUUUCCAUGUUAACAACAUGAUGAUUAUGUUUUCUUUGCAGUUGCUUAUGCUCGUUAUCAUUAACUUCGGUGCUAUGUACAACGUGGUAACACCCUGUAGCUGGAAGGCUUCUGACAAUCCUCGGAAGACGCUUAGCCCGUCUGGUUGUUAUCAACUUAAGCCUGUGCUUGAAUGGUUAAAGAGAUGUAUUCUGUCUAUUUUCAUCGUCUUCGGUGUUGCUUUUGUUCCUUUGGCAGUUUGUGAGCUUACAGAACGUGGUGCAAUUAGAGCAUUCCUUCGUUUGGCAAAGCAAGUGCUUUCACUUUCUCCUAUCUUUGAAAUCUUUACCUGCCAAAUUUACGCUCAAAGUUUGUUGGCUAAUCUCUCAUUUGGUGGUGCUCGUUACAUUGGUACCUCGAGAGGUUUCGCUACCGUUAGAAUUCCAUUCUCACUGUUGGUUUCUCGUUUCUGUGGACCUUCCAUUUAUCUUGGUAUGCGGCUUACCCUUAUGUUGUUGUUUGGAACUGUUACAGCUUGGUUACCGCACUAUAUUUACUUUUGGAUUACUCUGAUUGCACUGUGCAUUAGUCCUUUCCUGUAUAACCCUCAUCAAUUCUCAUGGAUGGACUUCUUCGUUGACUACCGUGAAUUUCUUCGUUGGAUGUUCCGCGAGAAUUCCCGCAAUCACUCAAACUCUUGGAUUUCCAAUUGUCAGCUGUCAAGAACUCGUGUGACAGGAUACAAGCGUAAGAUCUAUGGACGUCGUACUGAUAGAUUGGCAAUGGAUUCACCUAGAGCUCGGAUUACUACAAUGUUUUUUGGUGAGAUCUUUGGUCCAGUUGCUGUGCUGUUCUUGACUUGCAUUCCUUAUCUUUUCAUUAACUCCCAGCCUGGUGUGAGCGACACAACCAAGUCAACAAACUCAUUUAUUCGCCUGAUCAUCAUGGCAAUUGUUCCCAUUGCCGCCAUAUCUAUUGUUGCUAUGCUCUUUUCAUUUUUUGCAUUAAUCGUUCGACCUCUUCUUGGAAGCAAAUCCAAGAAAUUCGGCGUUAUCAUGGCCGGUGUCGCACACAUGUUUUCCGUGUUUAUGUACAUUGUGGACUUUGAAAUGUUUGGAUAUCUUGAAGGUUGGUCUUUUGCCAAGACAUUGCUUGGUGUCGUUGCUUUGAGUUCUGUUCAUCGGUUUGUUCACAAGUUUAUCAUUAUCUGCUUCCUUUCACGAGAGUUCAGACACGAUGGUGCAAACCUCGCUUGGUGGUCUGGUCAAUGGAACGAUCAAGGCUUUGGCCAUAUGGUUUACACUCAACCCUGGCGUGAAUUCGUGUGUAAGGUCACUGAGAUUAAUAUGUUUGCUGGUGAUUUCCUGAUGAGUCACUUGCUUCUGUUUUUCCAAUGCCCCAUCAUUCUUAUUCCCUACGUGGAUAAGUUGCAUUCUAUAUUAUUGUUCUGGCUUAUGCCUAGUCGCCAGAUCCGGCCUCCUAUUUACACAAUCCGCCAAAACAAGCUCCGUCGUCGCAUCGUAUCCCGCUAUGCCACCCUUUAUUUCCUCCUCUUUGCUGCUUUCUUCGUUCUCAUUAUUGUACCAUUCAAGCUCGGAACUUCUGCAGCUGACGAUAAUGGCAGUUCAUUCAACCUCAUCCAGCCCACAACUCAGCUCGUCACUAGCACGUCGCAGAACUCUUCUGUAUAAAAGGAAGUGUAUUAUUUAGGGCGUGUUAUUAUCGUUCUUACGGUGUAUCGUCUCAAUGAGUUCGCUACGCACUCUCUCCUGAACAACGACGCCUCUGUUUCGUUUGUUUUUUUCUUAAUUUCUUUUCUUCAUUUUAUCAUUGAAUCGGUCAUAAAAAGCAUAAAGUGCAUUUGCUGUUUAUACAUUGUUUACGGGUUGUUCUAUGGAUCAAUGCAAAGGUUGGUAGUUACUUUUCUUGUACGGUUGCGUGCGAGGAAAUAUGAAUGGGUAUUGCGUUUUAUAAAAGGGGUAUAUGUUUGUGUUGUAUGUAU